UGAAAUAAGGAACCUCCCUCGACUUGCCCUUUUGCUUGUUUUCGAUUUCCGCGUCUCCCGAUCGAUCGGCGAGAGACGCCUUGAGUCAGCAGCAAGGGAUCCGACUCAUAGAAUCAUCUCGAUGGCCAACAGCAAUCUCCCUCGCCGGAUCAUCAAGGAAACGCAGCGACUCCUUAGCGAACCAGCUCCUGGCAUCAGUGCAUCUCCGUCCGAGGACAACAUGCGGUAUUUCAACGUGAUGAUCCUCGGACCAACUCAAUCUCCAUAUGAAGGAGGAGUUUUCAAGCUGGAGUUAUUUUUGCCUGAAGAAUAUCCCAUGGCUGCCCCAAAGGUCCGGUUUCUCACCAAAAUCUACCAUCCUAACAUUGACAAGCUUGGAAGAAUAUGCCUUGACAUCCUGAAGGACAAAUGGAGUCCAGCUCUCCAAAUUAGAACAGUAUUACUCAGUAUCCAAGCACUUCUUAGUGCUCCAAAUCCAGAUGACCCUCUUUCUGAGAACAUUGCGAAGCAUUGGAAAUCGAAUGAAUCAGAAGCUGUGGAGACAGCAAAAGAGUGGACGCAUCUAUAUGCCACCAGCGCAUAAACAUUGUUGCAAACAGUUGAGUAAGCUAUCUAUACUAAAAGUUUAUUAAUCCAUACAUGUUGAACUAGGUGCAGUCAAGAAAAUGUCUUUCUUAUACUGCAAGGUAUUGUAUCAUUAUCUUGGGUUGGAAGGUACCUCUUCAUGUGCUUGCAAAAGCCACAGUUUUUCUUUCUUCCGUGCCAUUGGAGUUCUUAAAGAUUCUUUUGUAGAAGAAGUUUGUUUGGGUAGGAACCGAUGUCAAAUAAGAUGUUUGAAUUUA